UGUCACUUGACUUCUCUGCCUCUCUCUCUCUGAGUCAUCUUUCUCAGAAGUGUGUUUCCAGUGCGGAGCUACAAGACUCGGCUGGAUUUGAAGCUGGACUCAUUCGCGGCUCGCUGACAGUGACAAACGCUUCGUCUGAUCAUCAUGGAUGUCUCAGAGGAGGACUACUACUACUACCAUGAAAACAUCAGCUUCAACUUCAGCUACGACGACUACCCCGCCCUCUGUGAGAAGGGUGACGUCCGUUCCUUCGCAGCCCUCUUCCUCCCUAUCAUAUAUACUCUGUGUCUGGUGGUGGGACUGGCAGGAAACGGUUUAGUCGUGGCGGUCUAUGCCUACCACAAACGCCUCAAGACCAUGACGGACACCUUCCUGACUCACCUGGCUGUGGCUGACCUGCUCCUGCUCUUCACGCUACCCUUCUGGGCUGCUGAUGCGGCGAGGGGCUGGGAGCUUGGGGUGGUCGUCUGUAAGAUGGUGUCAGCUUGCUACACGGUCAACUUCACUUGCUGCAUGCUGCUGCUGGCCUGCAUCAGCCUGGACCGUUACCUGGCGUUAGCCAGGGUGCGAGGUGAAGACCAAAGAGGGCGGCUGCAGAGGAUAUUCAGCAGGAGACACUGCUGGAAGGUGUGUUUAGUUGUUUGGGCGACAGCUUUCAUCCUUGGUCUCCCUGAUUUGAUACUCUCAGAGGUGGGAUGGACAUCUAAUAGGAACGUCUGUCUGGCUGUCUACCCUCCAUCGAUGGCUGGAGGAGGUAAAGCUGCUCUGGAGAUAGCAGAGGUGCUGCUGGGGUUCCUGCUUCCUCUCCUGGUGAUGGUGAUCUGCUACUGUAGCGUGGGCCAGGCACUAAAGGCCCUCCCUGUGGAGAGCAGAGGGAAGAAGUGGAAAACUCUACGUGUCCUUCUAAUAGUAGUGGGUGUGUUUGUGGUCACUCAGCUGCCUUAUAACGUGUUGAAGGUCUACCGAGCGAUGGACUCAGUCUAUGCCUUAGUGACCCACUGUGGGAUGAGCAAAGUAUUGGAUCAUGCCACUCAGGUGACAGAGAGCUUGGCCCUCACUCACUGCUGCCUCAACCCCAUCCUUUACGCCUUCAUGGGCUCGUCCUUCAAGCAGCACAUGAUGAAAGUGGCCAAGAAGUUUGGCGAGGAGAGAAGGAAGAGGAGGAAGAGGAGAGAAAAUCCUGCAGAGGAGGAAGAGAUGGAAAUGUCAUUUAACUCCCACAGUGCAUCACAAGAGACAAACACAUUCUCAAUAUGAGUGAGCACAGGAGUGUCAUGCUAAAAGACAUCUAUAUGAAUCAUUUUAUUAUAGUAGAAGAGCAGAUACAGCAGCAGUAGAAGCAUGCCUGACAAUCAUUAAGGUGUACAAAUAUUCCACUGAUAUUUUAACAUGUAAUUCUCUCCACAUUAAAAACAGGAGGUUGUCAGCUGUAUUUUCCUCCUCUAGUUUGUUAAAAUGGCUUUUAGCAAAGUAUUUGGUUUACUUAUUAAGACCAAAGAAUAUUAUAUUGUUUUUGGUGUUUUUUUAUGAAUGAAAAAGGGACUUGGUUUUGUGUUUGGAGUGAUGUUUUGUCAGAUUCUAUACCCUGGUCCAAUGGAAACCUGGUCUCACUCCAACAAUCACAAAGACAGCCUGUGGAAUCCUGAAGGGACUGUUUUAAGGACAACCUAGCAUGCUAGAAUGUGUAGCAUACUGUGCUAGUGACGUAUGUCACAUGGCGCUGCAUUUGCAUUACAUUCAGUGUUGGGGAGUGAUUAGUUACAGUUAUUGAGACAAAAUAUGUGAGUAAAUUACAGUUACCAAUCAAAAUGUUGAUGAUUACAACAGUGUUAUAUCCAAAUACAUAUUUCAUAAUAAGCUUAUAUGUAAAAAAGUAACAGUCAUUCUGUUACUUUGCACAUUUUCGCCAUGCAGGAAUGUCUUUUUCUUUGCAUAGCCUGUAUCCAGACAUUUUUCAGUUUUAUUGCCAAGUUGUUUCAAAAGUAAUCAAUAAGUAACCAAAUGUAAUGAAUCACAUUACCUUAAUAAAGUAAUAUCGUUACAUUUCUUAUGACAUUCAUAACAGGGUAUCAAGUCAUCUGUAACCUAUCACAUUUCGAAAGCAAUCUUCCCAACACUGAUUAUGUCAGUAACAAAUGUAUUACUUUAUGCCAAACCAAAAUGUUUUUUCUAUACCUAACCAUGUGCUUUUGAUGCCAAAACCUCAGUACCAAAGUAAACCUAAUAACAAAGUUUUUUACCUAUGUUCUGCGUGUAACAAGUUCCAACUGCUGUGAAAACGCAAGUUUAUUCUGAAAAGACACGAUGCAUGUAACAAGUUUAAAUUGACACAUUGUCCUUCAACCUUCAAAACUGACGCUAGAGUGGCACCUGAAGAGUCACAUUUUGACAUUUAGCGCCACUGAUCAAGUGGCAGUAUUUGAUGAGUUGGGAGUGAGAAUGUGUUGUGAAAGCAAUAUUUUAUUUCAACAGUAUUUAUUAUAGUUAGCAUGACAAUGAAUUCUUUAAACUCUGACUUACAUUUGUUCCACAAGUUUAACAGAAUCAUAAUCUAUGAGGUGACAAACCUCCAGGAUUUCACAUGUGACAUUUAACACUUUUCAAGCUGCCCACAAAGCAAACAAAAAUAAGAUAAAUACUUGAACUUUAUACUUUUCAUUACACUAUACAGCAACAGAUGAAACAGAAGAAGUGAAGACAAGAAGAAUAAUGAGGUCAAUUUUAUAAACUAAAUGGGCUGGAACUUUGUAAUUGCAACUUGUUUGAAAUAAUGCUUGUUUUUAUUGCAAUCACCUUAGAAAAAUAUUCCUGAUUAAGUUGAUGUUACACAUCUGCACAGCCUGUAAACCAGAUGCACUACACAUGCCUGCACCUCCAAUAUGAAGCAAAGAAGCAUGAUUUUCUAUCUCUAAUAUUGCUCCACUUGACCUGUGUACAUUUUAAUCAUGUGUUUUAUUUCUCACCUCGCGUUGACUUCAAAUUCCUGAAUAUUAAAAGAUACCACAUUU